AUAGCAGCUGUUUUUCCCUCUGCUGAUCUCAACUUCACCCCGAGUGCGAAAAUAAUGUGUGUCACUAACGGGUUUCCUGCCGCAUUCAGGGACCUGGGACGGUACUGAAAGGUUCAAUCGGAAAAGUCUCCUUCCUUAUCCAGGUGACGCAAAGCAACCUGUAUUGUAAGCCCGUGUGUUUGUCAGAUUGUGUGGAUGCUGUUUGUGUUUUAUUUUUUUAAAGUGUUAUCUCUGGCGGUAAGCUUGUGUAGUUGAACAUUGUUUUUCCUGAAGCCAUUGAACGCAUCACUGGCAGGCUCCGUUAAGAGGAGAAGCCUCCUAACUGAUGGGAGGAAAGUCCAACCAACCGGCGGACAGGGGCGUGGCGGCCCGGCUGGGAAUAUGAGCGCCGGGAGGCUCCAAACUCGCUCCAGGAGCCCGAACUGAGCGGACUUGAACUUUGCUUUCCCCACAGAGCAGCUGAAACCUCUUCCAGUUUGCGGUGUUGACAGAAAACGGGGAGAGCACCGCGCAGCCAGGAGGAUGUCCCAGCAGGCGGUGAACGGGGUGCCGUGUCGGGGGAAGGUGCUGACCGUGGAGAACAUGAACCCCAACGUGAAGCGGGUGGAGUACGCGGUGCGGGGCCCCAUCGUCCAACGGGCGGUGCAGAUAGAGAAGGAGCUCCGAGAGGGAGUGAAGAAACCCUUCACAGAAGUCAUCAAGGCCAACAUAGGCGACGCCCACGCAAUGGGCCAGAAACCGAUCACAUUUUUCAGACAGGUGUUGGCUCUUUGUUCCUACCCAGAGCUUCUGGAAGACAACAAGUUCCCAGAGGAUGCCAAGAAGAGAGCUCGGCGUAUUCUCGGUGCCUGUGGGGGUCACAGCAUAGGGGCCUACAGUGCCAGCCAGGGAAUCGAGUGCAUUCGCCAGGAUGUGGCGGGUUACAUCCAGCGAAGAGACGGCGGCAUCCCCUCCAACCCCGACAACAUCUACCUCUCCACCGGGGCCAGUGAUGCUAUUGUGACCAUUCUGAAGCUGCUGGUGUGCGGCGAGGGGCGGGAGCGCACAGGGGUGAUGAUCUCAAUCCCUCAGUACCCUCUGUAUUCGGCCGCCCUGGCGGACCUGGGCGCCGUGCAGAUCAACUACUAUCUGGACGAGGACAACUGCUGGAGUCUGAACGUGGCAGAGCUCAGGAGAGCCCUAAAUGAUGCCAGGCAGCGCUGCAGGCCUCGCGUGCUCUGCAUCAUCAACCCAGGGAACCCCACAGGUCAGGUCCAGAGCAGGCAAUGCAUUGAGGAUGUGAUCCGAUUUGCUAAAGAGGAGAAUCUCUUCCUCAUGGCUGAUGAGGUCUACCAGGAUAACGUCUACGCUGACGGCUGCAAGUUUCACUCCUUCAAGAAGGUUCUGUUCGAGAUGGGAGAGGAGUAUUCCAGCACCGUGGAGAUGGCCUCCUUCCACUCCACCUCCAAGUGCUACAUGGGAGAGUGUGGGUUCCGCGGAGGCUACAUGGAGGUGCUCAACAUGGACCCGGACGUGAAGGCCCAGCUCACCAAGCUGGUGUCGGUGCGCCUGUGCCCCCCGGUGCCCGGCCAGGCUCUCCUGGACCUGGUGGUGAACCCCCCGCAGCCCGACGAGCCGUCCUACACGUCAUUCAUGAAGGAGCGGACAGCCGUGCUGGCCGCGUUGGCGGAGAAGGCCAGGCUGACAGAGGAGAUCUUCAACACAGUACCUGGGAUCACCUGUAACCCGGUGCAGGGCGCCAUGUACACCUUCCCCCGCAUCGCCCUACCGCAGAAAGCCAUCGACAAGGCCAAGGCGGACGGCGUAGUUCCAGACAUGUUCUACUGUAUGAAGCUGCUGGAGGAGGAGGGAAUCUGCUUGGUGCCAGGCAGCGGCUUCGGUCAGAAGGACGGCACCUUCCACUUCAGGAUGACAAUCUUGCCUCCGACUGAGAAGCUGAAGGUGGUGCUGCAGAAGAUCCGCGACUUCCACCUGCGGUUCACCAGCGAGUUUUCCUAACGGUCCUAAUGAGCCAGCCUAUCGAGUGCCAGCAUCUCAAGUGCCUUUGUGUGAACGGAGGUACCAAGUGCCCAGCCAUAACCUCAAGAACCGUCAACGUUUCCUUGUUGGACGAGUUCAUACGUGACGAACACAAUAUGAAUGCAGAUGUUUGAAACACCUGUAUGUGAAGCACUUUUUUUUUUUUUUUAGUACCAGACAACCAGGGCAUGGUUCUGUUGCACAUUUGAGCCUUACAGCUACAGAAGCAUCUCUACUCCUGGCAAACUGUUUGAUUCUGUCUUAAUUCAACAGCUUCGGUGAUUGCCUGAUUAAUUGCGAUGUCGUUUUAUGAAGGUCUGUAUUGAAGUCGAGGUACUUCCUCCUCCUCAGUGUUUUUAAGCUAGCUCCGGGAUGUAGCAUCGGUGUCACUGUUUAAAAAUGUAAUUUUUAAAUGUAAUCGUUUCCUGAGCUGUAUGCAUUUCCAGCCUCUCCAUUAAAAAAAAAAAAAAAAA